AUGGACGACCAAUUCGGAGGCCGCACCGACGAUGACCUGUUCUUCGACGACUUUGAACCUGUAAGCAAUCCCCAGGUCGUCGAAACCGUCGCAGCCCCUCCUCCCCCUCCCGCCGCCGUCGUGACACCGCCUGUCGAGCCCCCCAAACCCAAACCUGCCGCGCCAAAGCCCGUCCAAAGACCUCCUCCUUCCCAACAACCUGCCACAAAGCGACCCUCCACUGCGCCGAGGGGCGGGCUCGCCAACUCGCGCUUCGCCGACAAGCCUGCCGCCGCCCCGCGCUCUCCCCGCCAAGCCGCUCCCGCGUCGACGCCAUCGGUCACGACCACGCCGACUCCCCAGCCUCCCGCCGACCCCGCGGCGGCGCAGACCGCGACAGCGCCAGCCGCGUCGGCGGCGCCCACAGCCGCGGCUGCUUCCUCCCCCGCGACGACCAAGAGUUCAUCCCCCGCGUCCCACCCGCCCCGCGAAAAGCCGCAACCCCCGCCCACCGCGCCUACGGGUCCGGCCGCCGGCAGCACCACCCCCACCACCCCAGGCGCGACCCCCGGCGCAAACACGGCCCUAAACGCUGCGGCGCGCCUGGGGUCCGGCGCGAACCCGCGGACCAAGCUCACCGAGACGGAGCUGGCGGCCAAGAUGGAGCAGAUGCGCAUCCUCAACGCCGAGAAGACGCGCAAGUUCGAGCAGGCCGAGCAGGACGAGCGCAGCCACGCCGAGGCAUACGCCCGCGGCAUGGAGGAAGCGCGGCAGCGCAGGAAGCUCGACGAGGAGAGGCGGCGCCGCGGCGAGGAGGAGCGCAGGCGCAUGGACGACGAGCGCGCCAAGAACAGGGAGAGGAAGCUCAAGGCCAUGAGCAUAAAGGAGGGCGGCUGGGACGAGGGCAAGGACGCGCUCGCGCAGGAGGACGAGAAGAGGGGGUUCCGCGGCGCCAACGGCGGGGUCCGCGGAAUCAAGUCCGGCGCGGGGCUCUCGGGGAGCAGGUUCGCCCGCGAUGGCGACGACGCUGGCGAUCGGCAUGCCAGCGCCGGCCCCGGCGAAGAGCGGAGGGGGGCGGUGGCCGCGGCCGCGCGCGAUCCUGCCGCGUCCAACGGCGGCGACGGCGUCAAACCCGCCACGCCUGCACCCGUCAUCAGCACCGAGGAGUUCCCCGCUCUGCCCGGCAAGAAGUCCACGACCGACGACGCGUCGCUGCCCAUGCUGUCGCCCCUCGGCCGAUGGGACGACGAGAUGGAGGCCUUCGACGCCAAACUCAAGAGCGGCGCGAACGCUACGGAAUGA